AUGUGGCGAGUGUUUUUGUGCACACUAGUGGCGGCUGCGGCUGCUAGAGAGUUCACUGAAGAAGACCAGUUCCGACAGCCGAGGCUGUUUCACCUGGAUAGCUACGAGCGCUGUCUGGUACCUCGAGACGGCCUCUAUUGCGUCGGGACCUUUCGCCUGUCCGCCGACAAACCCAAUGCCGCCUAUAACUUUAUUAAGGAAUACUCUUCAGACCCUCAGAACUUCGACCGCACGCUAGUCCAUCGAGGCUACUGUCUGUCAUCGCGCUGCCCAUCCAAGGAGUCGAAUACGACGCUUCGCUUCGAACGAUGCAUCGAGCAGCACGCCCUGUCAUCUGGCCUCCGCGCCUCGUUGGAGAGCUCUUCCUGCAAGAAGCACGAGGAUCUAAGGGUCAAAGAGCUCGGAAUGGACAUACCGCAGCGUAUUCUACUUGGCGUCGUCGCUGUACUACUAUUUAUGAAUCUUGUUGGCACGCUGUAUGACUUGGUUAUGAGUGGAGAAGGCAAGAGUAAGCUGCUGACAUCCUGGUCGAUACGCUCCAACUGGGCGCGGUUGCUCGCCACGCACGAAGACGGAGACCCGAGGCUGACUGCGCUAGGGCCCGUGCAAGGGAUCAGGGUUCUGUUGCUAACGCUGGUGAUGAUGACGCACGCCGCAGAGCUUCAGCACAAAAUACACCUCUACAACCCUGAAUACUAUGAGCGGAUCCUCCAACACCCAAUAACCAUGCUUAUAAGGAACGGCUCGGCGCUCACCCAAAUCUUCAUCGUCAUCUCUAACUUCCUCUUUGCGUACAGCUUGCUGCUGUACUCAAAAAGCCGACAGCUCGGAUUAGCUCAACUGCCCCUUUGCAUACUGCACCGACUUGCUAGGAUAACACCAGUACAUUUGCUGGUAGUGGGUUUCGCGGCGACAUGGUGGCGACAUUUGGGUGAUGGACCGCAGUGGGCGAUGAUUGUUGGUGCAGAGAGUGAAACCUGUCGCAAGAAGUUCUGGACUCACGCACUGUUCCUGCACAACGCCUUCUACGCUGAUGAGUACUGCUUGCUACCCACCUGGUUCCUAGCAGUCGACUUGCAACUGUACAUCGCAGCGGCAGUCCUGACACUGUACCUGAUGCAGAAGAAGAAACGCCAGAUACCCAUACUGGCGGCACUGUUCCUGCUCUCUUGCGUGAUGAACUUCGGACUCGCGUAUAUCAACGAGUGGAAAUCCUUGCUUUAUAUUAUGGUGCCCGAGAACGUUCGGCUGACAUUCCGUGGCAUACCCUCGUUCUCCCAGUUCUACACGGCACCGUGGGGCAGUUUACCAGCCGCGUUGCUGGGGCUACUCUCCGCGCACGUCCACUUCGACAUGCAAGAACAGGGCUAUAAGAUUACCAAGCACAAGUGGUUCGUAUGGCUAUUCCACAUGACGGUGCCACUACACAUGGCAUGGAUCCUGGCCGGCAACGCGGUGCUCGCUCACACCACGCGAGUCGCCACCGCCGCCUACGUCGCCAUCGAGCGGCCGUCCUUCGCCAUCCUCGCCUCCAUGACGUUGCUCGGCAUCGCCAACAACGUCGAUGAUUGGUUCCGGCGCGCGCUGUCUUGGCGCGGCUGGGCCAUUAUAGGCCGCAUGUCUCUGUCCAUCAUGAUGCUGCACUGGGUAGUCAACGUGCACCUGCUUGGGAUACACCGGACCCUCACUGUAGCCUCCGUUCCGUCUAUCGCCGGUGAUAUGCUCUCCACAAUGUUUGUGACGACGGUACUGGCGCUACCACUCACGCUGCUAGUGGAGUCGCCCAUACAACGCUCCUUCACAGCGCUGCUAACCUAG